AAAAAGAAAAAGAAAAGCCUCUUCUCUCUCUCUCAGCCUCUCUAAAACCCUAUUCAUACUCUCUGAUACUGAUAGUGAUAUUUGAACAAUGGAGGAGGCGCAGCUGAACCAGUUGAAGCAGUUCGUCGAGCAGUGCAAGUCCGAUCCCUCCGUUCUCGCCGAUCCUUCCCUCUCCUUCUUCCGCGAUUACCUCGAAAGUCUCGGAGCUACUGUGCCUUCCUCUGCUAGCAACAAGGAAGAUUCGAAACCGAGGAGCUAUGUAGUGGAGGAGAGCGACGACGACAUGUCGGAGGAGGCUGAGCCGGAGCCGGUUCAUGUUCAGGAAGAAGAGGAAGAAGAGAUAGUCGAAUCUGAUCUCGAGCUCGAAGGCGACAUUGUGGAGCCUGACGAUGAGCCUCCUCAGAAGAUGGGAGACGCAUCGGUCGAGGUCACUGAAGAGAACCGUGAUGCCUCGCAGGCGGCCAAGGGUAAAGCUAUGGAGGCCAUUUCAGAAGGUAACUUGGACGAAGCCAUUGAGCAUCUUACUGAGGCAAUUUUGCUCAAUCCUACUUCGGCUAUUAUGUACAGCACCAGAGCCAGUGUAUACAUAAAAAUGAAAAAACCUAAUGCCGCCAUCCGUGAUGCCAACGCUGCUCUUGAGAUCAAUCCUGACUCUGCUAAAGGCUACAAAUCUCGUGGCAUAGCUCAUUCAAUGCUUGGUAAUUGGGAAGAGGCUGCGAAGGAUCUCCACUUGGCAUCAAAGCUAGACUUUGAUGAGGAAAUUAGUGCCGUACUUAAGAAGGUUGAACCAAAUGUACACAGGAUUCAGGAACACCGUCGUAAGUAUGACAGGCUUCGAAAGGAAAGAGAGGACAGAAAGAUUGAGCGUGACAGACAACGUCGCAAAGCUGAGGCCCAGGCUGCAUAUGAGAAGGCUAAGAAGAAAGAGCAGUCGUCUUCUAGUAGAAGACCUGGAGGCUUUCCUGGUGGAAUGCCUGGAGGCUUCCCAGGAGGGAUGCCAGGUGGUUUUCCAGGGGCAGGAGGUAUGCCAGGUGGUUUUCCAGGGGCAGGAGGUAUGCCAGGUGGUUUUCCAGGGGCAGGAGGGAUGCCAGGUGGCUUUCCAGGCGCAGGAGGAAUGCCUGGAGGCUUUCCAGGGGCAGGAGGUGCACCUGGAGGCUCUGCAGGAGGGGCUCCUGGAAACAUUGACUUCAGCAAAAUAUUAAAUGACCCAGAAAUGAUGGCUGCAUUUAAUGAUCCAGAAGUUAUGUCUGCUCUGCAAGAUGUGAUGAAGAACCCUGCUAAUCUAGCAAAGCAUCAAGAAAAUCCCAAGGUGGCUCCUAUUAUUGCUAAGAUGAUGAGCAAAUUUGGUGGACCAAAGUGAAAGUUCCCGAGUGGUCAUGAUGUUUAUGGGAGAUGAGUGAGAUUGUGUCUUAACAUAGUGCUAUACAGGAUAGUUUCAUGUGCAGUAGCUUGAUGGAAUUGUGCAACUCAUUUACAGUUUUGGUGAAACUCUCAUAGUCUGGUGGAUCAUAUCUGUCUGACGAUCCAUUGUCAAAAUUUUAUCAACUUAAUGGAGGGUUACGGUUUUCAGAU